UAAAAUUUAAUGUUAACAGUGAUAUCUUUUAGUCUCGUGAUAUCCAGUCAGAAAGACUUGAAAAACAUUGACUACGUACAGCUUCCAAAUUACAGUGUAAAUGUCCACAAAAACCCGCACUUGAACGAAACCAAGACCCGCACCUGAAAGAAAUGUACAGCACAUGAUUUGGCGAUGAUGUCAUUCGUUUCACCCCUGCUGCGGGGCGGCUAAAUCAGUGUCGCAACUUUGGACGAAGGUCCACCAUCCCAUGAAACUCGCCUCGAGUCUGCAUUAGGACUGCGUUCUAUGAACGCAAUAAUUUAUUAACAUCUUGUUACCCAUUUAGGUUGACAAACUGUAUGAUGAGAAAGAUGACGACUUUGAUCCAAGGGAAAAAGAUGAAGAAAUUGCAAGAAUGAGAGAACAUGUUAUGUCAGAGAUUGACAAGGAUAAAGAUGGCUUUGUGUCCCUGGAUGAGUUCAUGUCAGCUAGUAAGACAGAUGAAUUUGAGAAAGAUGAUGGCUGGAAAAGUGUGGAGGAGGAGCAUCCAUAUACAGAUGAUGAACUGGCAGAAUUUGAGAGACAGCUUCAAGAAGAGGAGAAAUUAAAGAUGGCCCAGGACAAAGCCAUAGAAGAUGUUAAAAAUGUGGCCACUAAAAUUGCUGAGCAAGCAGUCGUAGCAGCAACACUUGAAGAGCAUAAAGAAGGAGAGCAAAAAGAGCAACAGCAACAACAUGGAGAAUCACAGCAGCAGCAACAAACACCAUAAAAGAAAUACUAUCAGUUGGAGAAAACCACCAUUAUGGCCCAGAAGACACAAACAACUCAAAGAUUUAUUCAUAUUAGGCCAUUCAUCCCUAAGACAUAGACCAAUAUGGCUUUCCUACUAAACUUGUCUUUUUUGCAUGACUCUCCAGACAUGCUUUAGACAUUGUGUUGUUCAACCAGUUAAAUUAAAGUGUUUACUUCAAGUUUGGAAAUUACUGAGUGGAGAAUAAUCAGAUAAGAUAAUCAGAAAAGGCACUUAAUAUACUAGUUGGAUUUGUGUUAAAAAAGUUGUCAUUGGCAUUGACUUUUGAACAUUUUUAAUCUUUUAACUAAACCUGUUUAUUUUGUGAGACUGUGGUGCGUGUGAAUCUGACCGCUUCCACUGAAGAUUUAACCACACAGAACUGAUGUAGCUUUAGAAAUCACAACUUGCAGCCUUGACAUUGGGGUUAAGGGAGUGGCCCUUUGUAUGUUAUUGUCUUAUUUAGUUAGCAUCUAGGAAAUUAAAAAAUCAAGAAUUAAUGGCAAAUGUCAAAUAAAGUACUUUUUAGUACACUGCAGACAUCAACCCGCCUUUAAGUUACAAGCAACUUUAUAUACUAUUGUACAGUACUGUACAUAGAGUGCAAUACCAUGUGGUGAACACACAUGCAGUAGAGGUAUCUAUCAGACUCAGGAGAACAAUGUGGUAGUGAAUUUAUCUUAGUACUGCUGAAUUAUUUACAGCAAUCAAACUUUUCUUCUGUGUUUGUAUCCACAAAAUGAUUUAUCUAACCACAGAAGACAUUUCAGGAUUGUAGUUUCCAUUAUUUUGUUCUAAGCAAAUGUUUUAUUUUUCCUUAUAUAGAAUGUAAUGAUUAAAAAAAUGAAUAAUAAAUUCACACUGCAGGUUCCUGAAACCUCUCAGAAUAGAAGAGUGUUUUCCCUUUUAUAUUUACAAGUAAACAGGUCUGUACUGAACAGCGAGCUCUGUCGCACAACAAACACCAGUCCCAAGUGUUGCUGCUUUUAGGCAAUAAAAUACAAGAUACACUGUUAGUACUCUUAUUCAGUUAUGCAUUGUUCUUAACGUUUCUUGCUGUUUGAUGGGAAGAAAUGAACCACACUUGUUCUGCUUAUUGUGAUUUCCACCCUCGGUAGUAUUAGACGUGAUAGCAGUUAUUGCAAGGGGUCAAUCAACAGAACUGUUUGUUCACAAUGGGUUUCCAACCUUACCAGGAUUUCAAUCCGAGACCUGCGAGAUGUACUCAUUUGGAACAAUGCUACGUUUUCUUAAGAAUUGAUGUUGUGAAUAACCCAAACCAUGUACUGUGUCCUAAAACGUAAACUGAAUGAAAUGGCAUUUGUUUGCCUCUUUUCAUAAUUCUCUAGUCUUGUAAUGUACUGAUAAGGGGGAUCAGGAAUAAGUCAUUUUCUACUGUUACACAUGUAAGAUAUAAUGUAUGACCUUUAAUGCAACAUUUCGCAAGUUAUAAGUGGCAUAUUAUAUUGUUUCCCAAAUUUGUUUGGAACUUUUUUCUGUUGCAUUGCUAUCGCCCUCUCUGGGUAACGUUCUGUUAACCCAACAUGGUUUUAAAUCGCUCUUGGGUAACACUGGAAACUGAAAAUAAUCUUAUAACGUUUUAUUAUUAGCAUAACUUGCUAUGAAUCCACAUUAUAUUACAGAAUCAAAUAUAUUACAAUAGUUCAUACCUGCCUGUCUCAACACUCACAAUAAACGGCAUGCAAUGCAUGCAGAAGCGA